AUGGCGCAGAGAGCUCAGCAGAUCGCCUCGCAUCUCAAUUACCCCUCAGGCCUGCUGGCCGGCCAGGUCGCUAUUAUCACAGGUAGCGGGCAGGGCAUCGGGGCUGAGUGCGCACGGCUGUUUGCCAACGAGGGCGCCAAGGUGGUCGUGUGCGACGUUGACGCCGCCAAGGGUGAGGCCGUGGCCAAGUCCAUCAACGACGCCAGCCCGGGCAACAAACGCGCCAUCUCCGUCCCCGGCGAUGUCACCGACCCCAACUACUUCCCCGUGCUGGUUUCCAAGGCGGCCGAGUUCGGCAACGGCAAAAUCCACAUCAUCGUCAACAACGCCGGCUACACGUGGGACGGCGUGAUCCACAAGAUCACAGACAAGCAGUGGGACACCAUCAUCAACGUGCACAACACCGCCCCCUUCCGUCUGGUCAGGCAGUGUGCGCCGUACUUUAGGGUUAAAGACGGCGAGAAGAGAGUCAUCAUCAACAUUUCGAGCACGUCUGGCACCCACGGCAACGCUGGGCAGGCGAAUUACAGUCUGGCGAAGGCAGGCGUCACGGGCUUGACCAAGACGAUCGCAAAGGAGUGGGGACCGCAGUUCGGCGUGCGCGCCAACACCAUUGCCUUCGGCCACAUCGACACCCGCCUGACGCGGGCCAAGGAGAUCGGAGCCUUCAUCACCACCGCCGACGGCCAGCGCGUUGCGCUGGGCAUUCCUGGAAAGCAAAUCGCCGACCGCAAGGGCGAGGACCCGAACGUGGCGUACAGGGACAUCCCGCUGGGACGACCCGGCACUGCCACCGAGGCCGCAAGCUCCAUCUUGGCAGUAUGUUCGCCGCUUUUCAGUUAUGUGAACGGACAGACUAUCGAAGUCACCGGCGGACGGAACAUGUAA